AUGGGCGCCGCUGCUAAUAGUAAUCCCUCCUCCAGCUCCUCCUCCUCCUCCUUCUCGUCCUUGGACUCGUUUCCCUCCGGCAUGAGCAGCGGCGAGACGGUUGGCGCCGAAACGAGUCCUCGGCCCAAGAGGCCAGCCGCAUCGGCUGCGCCAUCGUACAUCGGCAUGCGCGCCCGGCCGUGGGGGCGGUUCCCGGCCGAGAUCCGCGACUCAACACGGGGCGGCGCGCGGGUCUGGCUGGGCACCUUCGGCACCGCCGAGGCCGCCGCCAUGGUCUACGACCAGGCGGCGCUCUCCUCGCGGGGCACGGCCACGACGGUCAACUUCCCUCUGGAGCGCGUCCAGGAGUCGCUCCAUGCCCUCGGCGCCACGUCCAUGGGCAUGGACGGAUCGCCCGUUCUCGCGCUCAAAUGGCGCCACUCCAAGAGAAGAAGGCGCAGCAAGAUCAAGACGAUGGCCGUGCAGGAGUGUCCGGCCGUGGAGCUGGAGGACCUCGGCGCCGAAUACCUGGACGAGCUUCUCAGGAUGACCUGUGGUACAACAUACUAAUAACUCUAUCAACAGUACUACACAUACGCGAACGGUUGGAUGGUUAAAGGGACCGUGGUAUC